ACGACUCAUCACUCUCUCUCUCUAACUCUCAUAUUCUGCUUUCUAAAUUCCAGUCAUCGACGACUCGUCCAUUCCUCUCUCUACCUUUCUGAAUGGAACUAACACUCCAAGCCAUCCUCGUGGCCGCCGGCGCCUUCCUCGUGGGGAUCAUUCUCUUCACUGCCGCAUGCGCCGCCCGCAGGAACAAUUACGGCGGCGAAAUCCCGAUCACUCAGACCCAGGCCGCAGCAACGGAGCUGUCCUCCACCACGUUCGACCCGAAGCCGGUCUCCAUGGCGGAGCUCCUGAAGGCGACCCACAACUUCUCCCCCGACUUCAUCAUCGGCCACGGCAGCUUCGGUUCGGUCUACAUGGCCCGCCUCCCCCAUGCCGGCCUCACCAUCGCUGUUAAAAAGCUCAGCCCGGACGCCUUCCAGGGCUUCCGCGAGUUCCGGGCCGAGAUGGCAGCCCUAAGCAAGCUACGCCACCCAAACAUCGUCACCAUACUCGGUUUCUGCGACACAGGGCCUGACCGGGUCCUUGUUUACGAGUACGUCGAGAACGGCAGCCUCGACCAGUGGCUGCUGCUCGACACCCCGUCUAAGAUGCCCGGGUCGAGGCUGCCUUUGUCUUGGGAGACCAGAACUAAGACUGCCGAGGCGUCCAGGACGAGGCUGCCUCUGUCUUGGGAGACCAGAAUCAAUAUUGUCAGAGGCGUAGCCAAUGGUUUAGCUUACAUGCACAAUUUAAAAACACCCAUUAUCCACAGGAACAUCAAGGCCAGCAAGGUCUUGUUGGAUAAUGAUUUUGAGCCACACAUUGCUGAUUUCGGUUUGGCCAGGAGAAUCGACGGCUCGCUUUCCCACGUGUCCACCCAAGCCUCCGGGACGAUGGGGUACAUGCCGCCCGAGUACGUCCAGGGCGCCACCAUGGCGACCGCCAUGGGGGACGUCUACAGUUUUGGGAUACUCAUGCUGGAAAUCUCGACGGGGAUUCGACCAGGUUCGCCGUUCCAGGAGAAGAGAAACGGGAAGGAAGUGUGGUUGGUUGAAUGGGCCAGAGAAAAGGUGGCUCAAAAUGGACACAUGGAAAUUCUUAACGGUAAUAUCUCUCGGGUAGGGCUGGAGGAAUCCGGGGUUGUCGAGUUUCUCCGGAUUGCUCUCUUGUGUGCUAGUGACUCCUCCAUGGAUAGGCCGCCCAUGAGGGAGGUGGUGGAGUUGUUGAAGCGGAUUCUGACUUGAAAUCGCACUUUUGGCUAGCUACGAAAUAUGAUCCAUGAAAGAGGUUGGACGGCUCGGAAUAUUUCGAAUUUUCUUUCAUGGACACUUUUAUGUUUCUUGUGUCGUGUGUCCUAACAUUUCGGUUUGGCUGCUUCUCGCCAAUGUGUCAUCGAUCUAGCUCCUUAAUAAGGCUUAUAUAGAUAGUUUGGAUCUCUAGACAAUUUCAUUUAUCAGAUCAUUUGAGAUGAAAAUUGAGGAAGAAUGCUUAAUUUAA